AUGUCCAGCAGUAACCGGGAGUUAGUGAUUGACUUUGUUUCCUACAAGCUCUCGCAGAAGGGAUACAGCUGGAGUCAGCUGGAGGAGGAGGAUGAGAACAGGACUGACUUUGCAGGGGAGGAGGCUGAGAUGGACGGCGUCCUCAACGGGAGCCCCUCCUGGCACCCGCCCGCCAGCCAGCACAUCACCCCUGGCACGGCGUAUCAGAGCUUUGAGCAGGUAGUGAACGAACUCUUCCGCGAUGGAGUGAACUGGGGUCGCAUCGUGGCUUUCUUCUCCUUCGGAGGAGCCUUGUGCGUGGAGAGCGUUGACAAGGAGAUGCGGGUAUUGGUGGGACGCAUUGUGGCUUGGAUGACCACGUACUUGACCGACCACCUAGAUCCCUGGAUCCAGGAGAAUGGCGGAUGG